ACAGGUGAGCUGCCGGCGGCAGGUGGAGGAGCCGAAGAUGAGAUGUGGACGGUGGUGAUUUUACUUCACCUGUGGGUCCUGCGCUGUACAGUCUCCUCCUCUCCUCCGAGUCCCGUCAACGUGAGCUUCUCCUCCGUGAAUCUCAGGAAUGUGCUGCACUGGUUCCCAGCAGGCGGCGCACCGGAGCACACGCACUUCACCGUGGAAUACGCCGUCUUCGGCCCUCCGCUGGUUUCUGUGGAAAGACUGAAGAACAACAGCGUCAUCGUCACCCUGACGGGACCGAUGAGGUUCCAGCCCAACAACCACACCCCGGUGGUUUCCAUGGCAACGCUGUACCCCCAGAUGACCUACAACCUCUCCAUCCAAAACAGCCACCGCAACCAGGUGCAUCACUUCUCGGUGGCUGCCAGUCCGCUCAGGUACCAGCUGCUGGACUACAGCACCGAGUACUGCUUCUCGGCCCAGUCCGCGUUCCUGUCCAUGCCGAUCCAGUGCCAGUCCUCGGCGAGGCACUGCAUAACCACGCCUAAAGACCCUGUGAUCGAGCAGAUGCAGUGGGUGGUUGUGGGUGUCGUCGUUCCGUCUUUGUGCGUCUGUUUGAUCGCGGUGGCCGCCUACCUGCUGCAUCACUACCUGACAGGAAAAGAUCAGAAGAGCCCGUACAUUCUGAACCCACCGUCUUUCCACCCGCCGCCUCUCGCGUGCCCUCCCGAGAAGCUCAACGUCAUCCUGAUCAGCGUCAUCAACAACGACUCGCUAUCGGAAGCUCGCGUCGCCACAUCAAACCCGUCCAAACCACAGCUACGCAUCACAGGUGCAGCUCCUCCACCCAGCUACUUCCCUCAGGGGGCCGAGACACCUCCACUGCUUGGCGAACACUGGGAUGACUCGUCGGUCGACUACGGAUUUGUUAGUCCGGCACCUAAAAUCAACGAUAGGAGAUGUGACGAAGGAGACGGCGGGAGUCAUCGGGGAGGUGAAGACAAGACGAAGGAGGAUGAUCACUCUGCCGGAGGUUAUGCUCCUCAGGCAAGAUCAGCCCACACAUGCAAACCAAUCCACAUGACAGAGGUGAGCACACCUGGGCAGGUUCAUGCAUGGUCACAGGUGAAUCUGAGCCAGACAUCAGAAGUCAACAGAAAGGUGGAGCUUCCAGGUUUGUUCAUAAACAAAAACCAGCAAACUGGUCUCCUUGGUGUUCCUCUAAACCUGAAGAAGGAGGUAGGAUGGGAGGAAACAAUUCAUGAGGAGAUGAGAGUAAGAGCAGAUUGGAAAAAAGAGGUUGAUAAAGACGAGAACGUGCCUCUUCUCUCUGGUUAUGCCUCCCAGAACGUCCAAAACACGCCCCGUUCUGAUCAGUCUGAUUUGCUGCCAGAUGAUUACGGUAUUGUGAGGCCGGCAGCAGCCCCGCAUGAUGAUUAUCAUGAUGAUGAUGGUGAGGAGGAGGAGGAGCAGGGAGCUAUCUGUGUUAACUGGGAUCCCGAGACCAGAAAACUAGUGCUGCCGGAGUUCGGUGGAGGCAGAGGGUUGAUGCUCCCAUAUAGAGGGAGGCCGGACAUGAUGGGAGGUGAGGAUGAGGAGGCAUACGUGAUGAAGGGCGAGCUGAAGUUGGAGAACGUGUUUGUCAGACAAGCUUCUGAGGAAGAAGAGGCACAAAGACAAUUGGAGAAAGUCAGGGCAACCAGGUGGGAGGUGGAUGAUAUUUUGACCAAAUGGAACUUGACGAUCUCUAUGGAUCAGUAGAUGAUAUUCAUCAACAUAUUUACUGAAAAAACUUAGUAGAAAUAAGUAUGUGAUAAUAUCAAUCUUGUGGGAGCACUUCGUACUGAAGCUGCGUUACUUUUAUGUCCGUGAAUGUUGCUGCUUUCGUCGUGGUCGACAGUGUACUGAUUAACUAAUGACUGUAAUCAACGUACUGUAAAUACAUAUGAAGAAAUCACACUUUGAUCAACUCUGAAGGAAACUAUGUGUUCAGUUUAAUUUUAAGAAAAAUAUUAUUUGUGUUAUUCUCUUGUAUUUUUCUGACCAUCAAGUCUGCCAAACAAAACGGACGAUUUUGGACCGCUGUGUGACACGUGGCUUUCCAGAAUUGUCAUUAAAUAAUGUCAAGGUUCGAUCAAAAAGUUCCAAGACUGCGCUAAUAAAAAUCCCAAACUACCCUUGACUUCAAUUUGGCCACCAUCCCUGCUGAAGUAGUCAAGUAGCAGCGAUACUCUGCUCCCGGUUCUCCUGGAACACUGGAAGUCCAUCCAUCCGUUUUCUUCCGUUCAUCCAUCCCUUCUUUGGGGGUUGUCUGGAUGCAUCCAGAAUGGACCUCGGUGUAGAAUUACAACUUUGGACUUGAACUUUGGUGAAGAGCAACGAUUGUGCUGUUGUGGCCAAAAACAUCCAAAUGCCAUCGGAACCAUGUUGGAACAUCCACAUGCCAUUGCGCCACAGUUUAGGUUGUUUGCACCAAGUGUACCCCGUCAGACACCUCCAGAUGUUACUCUGCACGGACAGGCCGACUCUGGGGGACAAAUUCAGCACUUGAAAGUCUAGAAAACAACUUCAAACCCACCUCUUGCACCAAUAUUGGAUGUUACCAACCCACUAAAUGGUUGCUAUCACACAUCCUUCCCAUACAAACGGACCGGUAGGGAUCUCUUCCACCUUCUAGUUGGCUCUGAAUGGUGAUGGACCACCAACUUGCCCUUCCCAAACGGAGACCUAACUCCCAUCUCGGACUAUAAUACAAGUUUUAUUUUUUCCCUUAAGCUGCAUUUUAACAGUUCACAGCUGGUGUUAACUAACGUGUUUAGCCUGUGUCUGUUUAAGUUUCGGCACCCAGGCUACUCGGUUAUGUUGAGAAAACGUCCUGUUGUUGAUGCUGCAUCGUCGUUUGUUCCGUUGACUCUAGUUUCUGUUCGCACAUGAUGCGACGUAAACAGUCUUGGAACUUUUUGAUCAUGCUUAUACAUUUGUUGUGGACUUACUGUGGUCUGGUAAUUUAACACAAAAAAGCCCAUAAAGGAAGUUUUACUUGGGUAUUUUCUUAUCGUGUUGCAGUUUGCGGCCAUGUGACCACAGCGUACUGUAUUUAUUACAUGGCUGUACACUGCCUAUCCGUGUUUAUUUGGUUGUUCACCAGCAGCAGAAGUUGCGGGUAAUUGUGAUUUAUUGUCAGUCUCGCCACAUGAGACACUGGGACAGAGUUUGUUUGAUCACGAUGACGAUAAUUCCUCAUUUUCUCUGUCUGUGAUAACAGCAGUCAUUAUAAUCUACUAUAAAUAGUGACGAUGGGAGGAAUGGGGACUGUACCUUUGUGCCUGUUGACUGUAUCGUCUGUGGUGGACUUUUUGUUCACAUGCAUCUUAUUUUACUCUUUUAUUCUAACAGUCUCUAUUGUGUUUUAAUGAGGACAUGCUGGGCUUCUAUGUAAAUGUCAUAUGAUAGGUGGAGACGCUGGGAACUGCUGCUGUCUUUACAUGCAAAGUGGCCGACAUAAUAGCAAGAACUUUUAAUGGAAAGAAGUCAGAAAAGUCAGAUACAACCCAUAUUUUUUUUACCUUGAUAGUCACACAUGUUUAUUAAAAUGUCAGUAAGGAUAUAUUUACUCCUAAAAGCAGUUAUUUAUGCAAAUACAUUUACAUACUAAAUGUCUCCACUGAAGAUUCUCUGUUAGACAGUCGAGGGGGAUUUGUAAUAUCAAGACAGGUUUUAUAGUUGACUAAAUGUGGUGUAACAAACAUUGUAGUAGAUUUUAAAACUUAAAACUAAUCGAAAUAAUAUUUAGUAACAACCCCAGAGCACCUGCUUGCAGACGAGAUGGCGGACCAUGAUGCUUUGGUGCAGUCUAACACCUGGUUUGCGCAUAGCUCAGAGUUCGUAUACGACUAAACCAGAACACCAUUCAUUCCUAUGAGAGCCUCCGUGAUCGCUGAUGAUUGCAAAACUUCUACUUCUGUUUCUUUCUGAUUUGGAAAUUGUCAAUAGGGAGAUAUUUAAACAUUUUAGCCACAUCCUGCAGCAAAUGCUGCUCUCCAUUCGCAUUGUCGCUUUGUACCUGUAGGGUUAUAUCGACUAAUGUAACACGAUUCAAACAGUUUUUACUCGUCAUUUAAACUCAAGAGUUCAGUUACACAGACAUUUAACAGGUUUAUCGCCGCUCGGAGGAUUCUUACAGAUAUUCAAGUAUUUCUAAAAAAGCCAAAUAACCACGAAAAAAAUGCAUCUCACGUUGAUGAGAAAUCAACAUAAAAAAAUGAACAAUUUACGCGCCAGAACUAUGGGAUUUUCUGUCAACCCUUUGUGGAGGUUUGCCAUCUCGUCUGGUUGCUCCAACAAAACUGCCUAAAGUAAAAAUACAUCUAUAGAGGGGAAGUCUUUAGUUUUCAGCAAAUUAGUCAACACGAGGAGGAGGAGGCGCUGCUUCACAAAUCUACUGAGACUGACACAACAAUAGCACUUUAUGCUCCUUUAUUCCUACAUAUUCUCCAUAUAUGUGUGUUUUAUUAACUCACUGGCAGUAUGCAUCGACUUCCUCUAAGCGGGUCAAUCUGAAAGCAUGAUUUAUUGAAACCAUCAAUUACCCCCUCUGUCGUCUUGUUUGUCUGCGUUCACAUGUUGUUUGUUUGCUUUUAUUUGAGCUGGCUGAGACGCGUGUGAACAUAAUUUAUCGUGUGUCAUUUGCAAGAUGUCAGACGUCGUUAUUUGCUACCGUGACUUCUGCAUUCCACCGACACGAACAGGAUUAUAAUAACCAUUAAAUUAUGUGACGACUACAGCAGGGUGAAAACUUUCCGCUGCACUUUCGUACCUCCUUGUUUGUCUCUCGGAUGAAACCUGCGCAAGUUUUAUUACACGUGUGAAAAUGAAGGAAACUGUCGUGUACUUUUGGUAAUCUUGUUCCUCUUUCUUAUAUCUCUGUUUACCGUUCUGUCCUUUUGUGAAGUUAUGAUUCAAAAUGACACGUUAUAAGGGCAUUAAAAUGUCACCGGGUGCAACUGCCUCCUUGUAAACUGGAAACCUUUGACUGUCUUAAGGUGGAAUUAUGAGACUCAUUUGGUUUCACGUGAUGUGAUGAUUCAUUCGAUGCAGUGAAUGAAGUUAAACUCUUUGGAAACACUCAUAUUAAUAUAGAUAUUUACCAGUUUUGCUUGUUGCACAACAGAAUUACUGUAUACAUAUAAAACUGAAUGUGUUGCAUCUCCUUGUUUCUGGUGUGUUUUUAAGUAAAAGGCUUAUUCUG